AUGCACAGCACUGGCCUUUUCGUCUUGGCCCUCUCUGCCAUAUCAUCUGCCCUCCCAACCAUCACUCCCCGAAAUAACUGUAAAAACCCAUCAACCUUCACAGUCAACGGUUUCACAACCUUCACCCCCGCCGAAGGGAACACAGAGCAUCCUGCCGCCGUCUUCUUCACCAUCUCGGACGACAGAAACCUAGGCAGAGUAAGCUGCUCGCGCACGGGCGAUAUCACUUCCAAAGAUGCAGCAACAUGCUCGGACGAGACGACCGUGUUCAAAUGGACGGGGGGUGCCCUGACGGUUGGAGAGACGUACGAUUCUUGCCCCGACUUGGUGACUGUCCAAACAUUUGGGGAUAUUCAACUCAGUCUGAACUGCUACCCAAGUGUUCCGCCGAUGCCCAACGGCUACGGUACUCAAUGCCAGACCCCUACUGGGCAGGUAUCUGGGUUAUUCUCUCGAAGCCAAUUCUGA